AUGUUUCUAAAACAGACUAGAACUGACAAACAACAACAAGUAUCUGAUUUCCGUUUGCGUAAACCCAAAUGCAUACGAGUAAAAGAUCUAAGUGAUGCGACCUCUUCAUCUGCAAAUACCAAUAUUGGUUCUUCGUUGCCUAGUUUAGCAUCAAGUUCUUUAACUAUACAAGAGCAAGCUCAAGAUAUAUAUGAAGAAAAUGAGAUCCUGUCACUACAAUCGGAACUAAGUGAGGACUUUCCUAUAAACGGUGGAAAUGAUUUUUAUGACAAUAUUUCUAGUGAAAAUCAAAAUACAAAUAGAACAAAUCAAGAGUUUGAUGAGCAAGUGUAUGAUGGAAAUGAGAAGCAAAAUUACUACUCUGGAGAUACAGGGCCAUAUUUUCCAAACUUUACUAUAUUUUUGUUAUUUUUAUGGGUUACAAAACAUCAAAUAGGUUUAGAAGCAUACAAAGAUUUUGCAAAUAUUUGCCACGCUGUUACCCUCAACAAUCGCAACAUGCCAUCCACUUUUAAAUCCGUUGGUCAAACUUUAAUUUUUCCUUUAAAAAACAUUCUUCAUUGUGUACUAUCAAAUCCACAGUUGUGUAAGAACAUGUAUUUUGGCCCAGGUAUACACAGUGAAAACGGGCAUGAAUUAUGGCAUGGAGACCUUUGGCAAAAAUCACCAUUAUUUGGUGGGAAAAAUAUCAAAUUAAAUCAUGAUCCUCCACAUGGUCUGCCAGUACUUAAAUUUUUUCUAGACAUUUAUAUUGACAAGUUUGGUCCAUUUCGUAAUGCAUAUCAUGCCAUUGGUGGCAUUUAUUUACAGAUUGGCAAUAUGAAACAAGUUCUUCAUCAAAAGCUCAAAAACCAUUUUCUUCUUGGGUUUAUUCCUUUCACAGCCACAAGUGAUAAAGUACUUCAACCCCUUAUUGAUGAUAUUCAAGAACUUGAACAUGGGUAUAAACUGAAAAUUAAUAAUCAACAUGUAUGGGUUACAGGUGGAUUGGGAGUAUUACUAGUGAUUUACAAGAAGACUACAUUGCAGUUUGCUGCUAUGAAUGAUGCUCAGACUCAAAUUGAACAGGAUUUCCUUGCAACAGAAUAUGCUAAAGAAAUGCUUCAAAAAACUUUUGGAAUAUUAUCUACAACAGGGGAAGAUGAAUUUUUGAAAAUUUGGCACAACUUUGAAUUUCCUUCAACUUGGGCCCGUCAACAAAAUCCAAUUACCCAUUUAGGUUCAUACUUCUUUUCUGAUUAUCUUCAUCUAAGUAUGAUAAUGCCAUUUCUUAUUAAUCGAGCAAUAUCUACUACCAUGUUAAAUAAGGCAUUCAUUGAACAUUUGAUCACAUCAUGUGCCACUACAAAAAAACAUACAGUAGAUCAAUUGUUAAGUUUAUGUGUAUCUUUUUCUAAAAUGGCAUUUCUAGUAUUUCGCAAAGAACUUUCUGAGACUGAUUAUAAUAAUCUGCAACAAAGUAUAAUGGCAUGGGCUGUACAGGUUACAAAAAUUUUUCCUAGUGUUUACUUGACUACCAAAUUUUCAUAUUCUACACCAUUUUAUUAUGCAUGUAAAUAA